UUGCCUUACUGGCCCAUAUGAUCAUCGUACAAUUUUCACCGCCGAACGCCGGAGAAAAAGUUUGCGCGUCAUUAAUACGGAGGCGAAUUUUUGUUAUUGUAAUAAAGGCAAUGGGCGACGUCGCCCUAGAUACAUUGAUGUCCGAUUUCCUCCAAAAGUCCGGCGGCGUUGCCGUAAUUGAUGGAGGACUCGCGACGGAGCUUGAACGAUAUGGUGCCGACCUUAACGAUCCACUCUGGAGCGCAAAGUGUCUCCUGACAUCUACUCAUCUUAUUCGUCAGGUACACCUUGAUUAUCUUGAAGCUGGUGCAGAUAUAAUAAUAACAGCAUCUUAUCAGGCAACAAUUCAGGGGUUUGAGGCAAAAGGCUAUUCUCCAGAAGAUGGUGAAUCCAUGCUGAGAAAAAGUGUAGAAAUUGCACAUGAAGCAAGGGAUAUAUACUAUGAGAGAUGUCUUGAAUCUUCUAGUGAUUGUGAUUGUAGUAAUGAUGGUAGAGUUCUCAAGCAUCGUCCUAUCUUAGUGGCUGCAUCUGUAGGGAGUUAUGGGGCAUAUCUGGCUGAUGGUUCUGAAUACAGUGGGGACUAUGGUGAUGCAAUGGAUUUGGAAUUCUUGAAGGGUUUUCACCGGAGAAGAGUUCAGGUUUUAGCUGAAUCUGGUGCUGAUCUGAUUGCAUUUGAAGCUGUUCCAAAUAAGCUCGAAGCACAGGCUUUUGCUGAGCUUCUAGAAGAAGGCAUUAUACGUAUUCCUGCAUGGUUUGCCUUUAAUUCCAAAGAUGGUGUAAAUGUGGUGAGUGGUGAUUCCAUGGCUGAAUGUGCUGCAAUAGCUGAUUCCUGCAAUAAAGUUGUUGCUGUUGGAAUCAACUGCACCCCUCCUACAUUUAUCACUGCUCUAAUUUCAACAAUAAAAAAGGCAACAACGAAACCGAUACUUAUAUAUCCCAACAGCGGUGAAACUUAUGAUGCUCAACGAAAGCAGUGGGUGAAAAAUAGUGGAGUUCCAGAUGAAGAUUUUGUUUCAUACGUGAACACAUGGUGUGAGAUGGGGGCAUCACUGAUUGGAGGUUGCUGCAGAACUACACCCGACACCAUUAGAACCAUUUAUAGGGCUCUUCCCACCAGAUCCGGAUCUUCAAACUGAAAUUUAUAUACAUAUAAUUAAUGAUCAAAACCACAUAUUAACGGGUUCUUAGUCUUUCUUCUGUUUUAUAGAAUGCACCAAUUUUAAAAUUACUAUAACUUACAUGUUAUGUUUGAAUGGAUCAAGUAACUCUAAAUUGAUUUCUGUUGACAA